AUGUCGGAACAUUUUUUAAGAACCAAGAUGAUGAAUUAUCAAGAUACUACACCAAAGAGAAUGUUUGUAAAUCAAAAUCAAUCAUAUACUAAAAUAUAUUAAAAUCAAAGUCCAAUAUAUCACACUCCAGAUAGGGCUAUGAAGUAACCAUUUCGUAAUUAAAAUUAAAGUGUAAUUUUUAAUCAUCUAAUUUUAGUAUAAUGACAUGUCUGAAUUAAUUUUUAGAUAAUAAUAAACUCAAUAUCCUCCUACAUAUUAAUCUAGUUAAAUUUCUAUUCAAUAAGAAUUAAAUAAUACUAGCAAAUAGUUUGAUUAAGCUAUUAAAAGAUCAGAGAAUUCUAUAACUCAAGAUUCUAAUUGGUUUUAAUAGAAAAUGAAUAAUAUUAGUCCAAAUAUACAAUAAUAUAGAAUAGAAAGAGAGAAAAAUAAAAGAGAUUCAUCAUAACCAUUCUAUGAUAAUAAUCAUUAAGUUACUGAUAGAAAUCUUAGACAAUUUAAAGUUUUUAUUUAUUUAUAUUAAGUUCGAAGAAAAGGUUUCUAGUAAUCAAAGUGAUAUUGAAAAAAUAAAGUAAAUUUUAUUAGAUCAAUAACUUAAAUUAAAUCUUUAAAUAGAUGAGUUUAAGGUGAAGAUAAAUAAAUAAGAUUAAAAAAUAACAGAACUUGAAAAAUAAAAUAAGCAAUUAAAAACAUAAUUAAAUGAAAAAAAUUAAGAAGUGAAAUCUAUUUAGUAAUCUUAUAUUUCAUAAUCUAAAUUAUAAGAGAUUUAAGCUUAGUAAAUGAAGAAAUUUUAGAAAAUAUAUGAGCAAUUAACUUAAUAAAAUGAUGAUUUAAGAGAAGAAAAUAAUCAGCUAAAAUUACUCUUAUUAUAGUAAUAAUAAAUAUGAUAAAUUAGAGUUGAUAAUUAUUCAUCUGUUUCUAGAUCAAUAAUUAGUAAAAAGAAUUCAGAAUAAGAAUUUCAAAUGAUUAGUCAACAUGAUAAUAUUAAAGAAAUAAUUGAUCAAUUUUUAUAAGGAAUAUCUGAUUAAUUGUUAUCUUUAACAUAAGAUCCUAUAAUUUAAAAUAUCUUUAUUUAAUUUAGAGAUAUAAUUAAUUCAUAGCAAUUUAAUCAACAUCAAAAAAUAGAUUAUUAGAUACUUAAAGAAACAGAUUUUAUGAAAAUAAAGAAAUAAAGUGAAGAUAUUAUUACAGUACCAGAAUUAAAUUAAAAAGCUGAUCAUUUAAUUAGAGAAAUUAAAUAAAAAAUGGAAUAAAUGGCAUCUUUAAAAGUAAAUAUAUUAAUAAUAUAGUCAGGAUGGAGAUUAAAAGAAGAAUAUUCUAAAAGAAGAAAUAGAUAGAUUAUAAAAGGAAUAUGAUGGUAUUUAAAUUCUUGUAACAGAAUAAUCAGAUUAUUUAGAUAAAAAUACUAAUAAUUUGCAUAGAAAUAGUAUAAUCUCAUUUGAUCAAAAUUUUGAUGGUGAGGAAUAACAAUGA